UGCCAGGGUCUCCAGCUGCCCCAGACAGGCAGUGUGGUCUUGAGAUCCUCCUGGUGACCUUUUCAGCCCAGGUCCCCUCAGCCACUCUGCCCCAAGAUGGGUCGUGGGGCAGGGCGUGAGUACUCGCCUGCCGCCACCACGGCGGAGAAUGGGGGUGGCAAGAAGAAACAGAAAGAGAAGGAGCUGGAUGAGCUGAAGAAGGAGGUUGCCAUGGAUGACCACAAGCUGUCCUUGGAUGAGCUGGGCCGAAAAUACCAAGUGGAUCUCUCCAAGGGCCUCACUAACCAGCGAGCUCAGGACAUUCUGGCUCGGGAUGGACCCAACGCCCUGACACCACCUCCCACAACUCCUGAGUGGGUCAAGUUCUGUCGUCAGCUUUUCGGGGGCUUCUCUAUCCUUCUGUGGAUCGGGGCCCUCCUCUGCUUCCUAGCCUAUGGUAUCCUGGCUGCCAUGGAGGACGAGCCAUCUAAUGAUAAUUUAUACCUAGGUAUCGUGCUAGCUGCUGUAGUCAUUGUCACCGGCUGCUUCUCCUACUACCAGGAAGCCAAGAGCUCCAAGAUCAUGGACUCCUUCAAGAACAUGGUGCCUCAGCAAGCCCUGGUCAUCCGAGAGGGGGAGAAGAUGCAGAUCAAUGCGGAGGAGGUGGUGGUAGGAGACCUGGUAGAGGUGAAGGGUGGGGACCGUGUCCCUGCUGACCUCCGGAUCAUCUCUUCCCACGGCUGCAAGGUGGAUAACUCAUCCCUAACAGGGGAGUCGGAGCCCCAGACCCGUUCCCCUGAGUUCACCCAUGAGAACCCACUGGAGACCCGCAAUAUCUGUUUCUUCUCUACCAACUGUGUGGAAGGCACUGCCAGGGGCAUUGUGAUUGCCACAGGUGACCGGACAGUGAUGGGCCGCAUAGCCACUCUCGCCUCUGGCCUAGAGGUCGGGCAGACACCCAUCGCCAUGGAGAUCGAGCACUUCAUCCAGCUGAUCACAGGAGUGGCAGUGUUCCUGGGGGUCUCUUUCUUCGUGCUGUCCCUCAUCCUGGGCUACAGCUGGCUGGAGGCAGUCAUCUUCCUCAUCGGCAUCAUCGUAGCCAAUGUGCCCGAGGGGCUUUUGGCCACUGUUACUGUGUGCCUGACCCUGACCGCCAAGCGCAUGGCCCGCAAGAACUGUCUGGUGAAGAACCUGGAGGCGGUGGAGACCCUCGGCUCCACGUCCACCAUCUGCUCGGACAAGACGGGCACCCUCACCCAGAACCGCAUGACCGUGGCCCACAUGUGGUUUGACAACCAAAUCCAUGAGGCCGACACCACUGAGGAUCAGUCUGGGGCCACAUUUGACAAACGGUCUCCCACGUGGACAGCCCUGUCUCGGAUUGCCGGUCUCUGCAAUCGUGCUGUCUUCAAGGCUGGGCAGGAGAACAUCUCUGUGUCUAAGCGGGACACAGCUGGUGAUGCCUCUGAGUCAGCUCUGCUCAAAUGCAUUGAGUUGUCCUGUGGCUCAGUGAGGAAGAUGAGGGACAGGAACCCUAAGGUGGCAGAAAUCCCCUUCAACUCGACCAACAAAUAUCAGUUGUCCAUCCAUGAGAGAGAAGACAGCCCCCAGAGUCACGUGCUGGUGAUGAAAGGGGCCCCAGAGCGCAUCCUGGAUCGAUGCUCCACCAUCCUGGUACAGGGCAAGGAGAUUCCUCUGGACAAGGAGAUGCAGGAUGCCUUUCAAAAUGCCUACAUGGAGCUGGGAGGACUCGGGGAGCGUGUGCUAGGCUUCUGCCAGCUGAACCUGCCUUCCGGGAAGUUCCCUCGGGGCUUCAAGUUCGACACGGACGAGCUGAACUUCCCCACAGAGAAGCUCUGUUUCGUGGGGCUUAUGUCCAUGAUUGACCCGCCCAGGGCAGCUGUGCCAGAUGCUGUGGGCAAGUGCCGAAGCGCAGGCAUCAAGGUGAUCAUGGUCACUGGGGACCACCCUAUCACAGCCAAAGCCAUCGCCAAAGGUGUGGGCAUUAUAUCAGAGGGUAACGAGACCGUAGAGGACAUUGCAGCCCGGCUCAACAUUCCUGUGAGCCAAGUCAAUCCCAGAGAAGCCAAAGCAUGUGUAGUGCACGGGUCAGACCUGAAGGACAUGACGUCAGAGCAGCUGGACGAGAUCCUCAGGGACCACACGGAGAUCGUAUUUGCCCGGACCUCCCCUCAGCAGAAGCUCAUCAUUGUGGAGGGGUGUCAGAGGCAGGGAGCCAUUGUGGCAGUGACUGGUGACGGGGUGAACGACUCCCCUGCGCUGAAGAAGGCUGAUAUUGGCAUUGCCAUGGGCAUCUCUGGCUCUGAUGUCUCUAAGCAGGCAGCUGACAUGAUUCUCCUCGAUGACAACUUUGCCUCCAUCGUGACAGGCGUGGAGGAGGGCCGCCUGAUCUUCGACAACUUGAAGAAGUCCAUCGCGUACACCCUGACCAGCAACAUCCCUGAGAUCACCCCCUUCCUGCUGUUCAUCAUUGCCAACAUCCCACUGCCACUGGGCACCGUGACCAUCCUCUGCAUCGACCUGGGCACAGACAUGGUUCCCGCCAUCUCAUUAGCAUACGAAGCAGCUGAGAGUGACAUCAUGAAGCGGCAGCCACGAAACUCCCAGACGGACAAGCUGGUGAACGAGAGGCUCAUCAGCAUGGCUUAUGGACAGAUUGGCAUGAUCCAGGCUCUGGGGGGCUUCUUCACCUACUUUGUGAUACUGGCAGAGAAUGGUUUCCUGCCAUCACGGCUGCUGGGAAUCCGCCUUGACUGGGAUGACCGGACCACCAAUGACCUGGAGGACAGCUAUGGGCAAGAGUGGACUUAUGAGCAGCGGAAGGUGGUGGAGUUCACAUGCCACACGGCCUUCUUUGCCAGCAUCGUGGUUGUGCAGUGGGCUGACCUCAUCAUCUGCAAGACCCGUCGCAACUCAGUCUUCCAGCAAGGCAUGAAGAACAAGAUCCUGAUUUUUGGGCUCCUAGAAGAGACAGCUUUGGCUGCCUUCCUGUCUUACUGCCCGGGUAUGGGGGUGGCCCUCCGAAUGUACCCACUCAAGGUCACCUGGUGGUUCUGUGCAUUUCCCUACAGUCUCCUCAUCUUCAUCUACGAUGAGGUCCGCAAGCUCAUCCUGCGGCGGUACCCUGGGGGCUGGGUGGAGAAGGAGACAUACUACUGAGAUCACUGGAGAAAGGAAGAAUGGGAGAGAUGGGGUGCUCUGGA